CAGGCCACUGCAAUCGAUGUGCUCGACGGUCGUUUUGACAUCCUCAGUCAGGACCGUUAAUGGAUGUCAGAGAUCAUUGAGCGGCGUGUAGCGAUAAACAUGGAGCGAAAUGUUGGUUCACUACAGGAGCAGGCCCUGAAGAGAAAAGAGAGGCUAAAAGCAAUAAGAGAUAAACAACUUCACACUGGGCCAGAGCAGGAAGAUGGGGAGCCAGAGAACAAAAAAGCUUCACUCGACGAGACUAUUGAAGAAAGGCACAGAGAACUGAAGCUGAGGAAUUACACACCAGAGGAUUUAGAGCUGAAGGAGAGGCAGGUGCCCAAAGCUAAACCUGCAUCAGUGGAGGAUAAAGUAAAAGACCAGUUAGAGGCAGCUAAUCCAGAGCCCGUCAUUGAAGAAGUGGAUUUGGCCAACCUCGCCCCAAGAAAACCAGACUGGGAUCUAAAGCGGGACGUGGCAAAGAAACUGGAGAAGUUGGAAAGGAGAACACAGAGAGCCAUUGCUGAGCUCAUCCGGGAUCGUCUCAGAGGCAGUGAGGAGGAGUUGGCUGAAGCGGUGGGAGCCGUUGGAUUGGAGGAGGGAGACUCAGACUGAAUCCGAGAUGUGACAGAUAAAAAAAAAAGAGACUACAGAAGAAUGGCCUCGGUCUACUGGGACAGUAAUGUCACAUCUGUGUUGUGCUCAAAGACUGCAGGGUGUAAUGUUUCUGUCAGGUCUUCAUAUUCCUGCCAUGUAUCAUUACAUUAUUACAUAUUAAUAUGUAGUAGUACAUUCUGUGUAUGUGGUUUAUUGAUGUGCAUUGGAAAUGUAACAUGAAUAUUUUUCUGUAAUUGUUUUAUAUUUUCAAGUAAAAUGUGAAUUUUUCAA